AGCCAGCGGAGAGAAAGGACGACGACGACCCUCCGCCCCGCGGCCCGGUCCGCGCCGCCGCCAUGGCAAUGAGGCAGACGCCGCUCACCUGCUCCGGCCACACGCGGCCCGUGGUCGACUUGGCCUUCAGCGGCAUCAUGCCCUACGGGUAUUUCUUAAUCAGUGCUUGCAAAGAUGGAAAACCUAUGUUACGCCAGGGAGAUACAGGAGAUUGGAUUGGAACAUUUUUGGGUCACAAAGGUGCUGUUUGGGGCGCAACAUUGAAUAAGGAUGCCACCAAAGCAGCUACUGCAGCUGCAGAUUUCACAGCCAAAGUGUGGGACGCUGUCUCGGGAGAUGAAUUGAUGACCUUGGCGCACAAACACAUCGUCAAGACUGUGGAUUUCACACAGGAUAGCAAUUACUUGUUAACUGGGGGACAAGACAAGCUGCUACGCAUAUAUGACUUAAACAAACCUGAAGCAGAACCUAAAGAAAUCAGUGGUCACACUUCUGGUAUUAAAAAAGCUCUGUGGUGCAGUGAGGAUAAACAGAUUCUUUCAGCUGAUGACAAGACUGUUCGCCUUUGGGAUCAUGCUACUAUGACGGAAGUGAAAUCUCUGAGCUUCAAUAUGUCUGUUAGUAGCAUGGAGUAUAUUCCUGAGGGAGAGAUCCUGGUUAUUACUUAUGGACGAUCUAUUGCUUUUCAUAGUGCAGUAAGUUUGGACCCGAUUAAAUCCUUUGAAGCGCCUGCACCCAUCAAUUCUGCAUCUCUUCAUCCCGAGAAAGAAUUUCUUGUUGCAGGUGGUGAAGAUUUUAAGCUUUAUAAGUAUGAUUAUAAUAGUGGAGAAGAACUAGAAUCCUACAAAGGACACUUUGGUCCCAUUCACUGUGUGAGAUUCAGUCCUGAUGGAGAACUGUACGCCAGCGGUUCUGAGGAUGGAACUCUGAGACUGUGGCAGACCGUGGUAGGAAAAACCUAUGGCCUCUGGAAAUGUGUGCUCCCG